AUGAAAGAGGCAAAAGAGAUAAGUACUCCUAUUUCCACUGCCGCAAAGCUGGAAUUGGAUGAAACAGGUUUAGAUGUAGAGAAAAAGUUGUAUAGAGGUAUGAUAGGGUCAUUAUUGUACCUCACAGCAAGCAGGCCUGACAUUGUGUUUAGUGUUGGGCUAAGUUCUAGGUUUCAAGCAAAACCCAAAGAAUCACAUCUAAAAUCUGUGAAGAGAAUCUUCAGAUACUUGAAGGGAACCAGUGAUCUUGGCUUACGGUACCCCAAAGGUAGUAACUUUAACCUGGUAGGUUACUUAGAUGCUAAUUAUGUAGGAUGUCUAGUGGACAGGAAAAGCACUACAGGAAUGACACACUUCCUUGGAUCAUGUUUGAUUACUGGGUCUACUAAGAAGCAAAAUUUAGUUGCUUUGUCUACUGCUGAAGUUGAAUAUGCUGCU